AUGAGGUUGAUAACUGGUGCCAUUAUUGGCUUGGGAGCUGCUGGUAUCUACUACACCAAGUUCUAUUCCCCUUCACACGCUGGCCUCCCUGGAAUAUUAGGGUGGACAAACCUCAAACUAAAGAAGUCCAACCAAAUAACCAAGGAUGCUAAAAAGUACGUCUUCGAGCUCAACGACCCAGAAGUUUCGUCUGGAAUUACUGUAGGAUCAUUUGUGGUGGCAAGAGUCAAGACACCAGAGGGAACAGUGCUUCGGCCCUAUACUCCAAUUUCUGAUGUUGACCAGAAAGGCGAAAUAGAAUUUGCAAUAAAGACAUAUGAAAAGGGGAAGCUGUCCAAAUUUUUGUCAACCUUAGAACCUGGGGAUGAAGUUUCAUUCAAAGGUCCGAUCUCGUCUUUCCUGUGGAAGCCCAAUGAGUAUAAACAAGUCUAUCUCAUUGGAGGAGGUGCUGGAAUUACGCCAUUGUACCAGCUACUCAAAGCCAUUGUGAAAAAUCCCAACGACUCUACCAAAGUAGACUUGAUAUAUUCAUCAAGUUCCGAUGAUAUAAUGUUGCGUGAUGAGAUAGAUGAUUUGGUGAAGUCUUCUGACAAGGCCCAGGUUCAUUAUUUCGUGAGUGAAGCCAAAAAGGACUGGAAAGGUCUCCGUGGCCGAAUUGAUAAGCAAUUUUUGCAGGAGAAUUUGCCUUCUCCUUCGGACGAUGUAAUGGUCUUUGUUUGUGGACCACCAGGAUUUUAUGAAACGAUUUGUGGAGGUAAACCUAAUCCGAUUUUGCAAGGUAGAAUUGGGGGGAUUUUGUCUGAAUUAGGAUACACCAAGAAAAAUGUGCAUAAGUUUUGA